AUGUCUUCCACUCCAUCCACCGAUGCCGAAUGGGCGAAUCUGAUUCAUAACUUCAAUGACCGGGUUCCAGAACGAUCAUCCUCGCAGCCCGCGAUCCCGCUAGGUGUCCCCCGAAUGAUUGACCAUACCCUGUUGAGCUGGCCAGUUGAAUCAAAAGAUAUUGACGCUCUGUGUGCCGAUGCUCAGAAGUACGACUUUGCGUCUGUUUGUGUCCGUCUGGAAAAUGUCAGCCGCGCAGCCGAGAACCUCAGAACCACUCCGAAUAUUGCGGUUGCUUGUGUGGUGGGGUUUCCGGAGGGCACCCAUGAUACAGUUGACAAGGUACGGGAAGCCAAGGAUGCCGUGAACCAAGGAGCCAGGGAGCUCGAUAUGGUUAUCAACUACCCGGAGCUGAAGAAUGGCUUGUACAAAUCGGUCUAUGAAGAUAUUACAGCGGUGCGCAAAGCCGCCCCUAGCCCGAUCAUCCUGAAAGCCAUCGUCGAAUCCGCGGAGCUGGACAGAGAUCAACUCAUUGCCGCUAGCGUCGUGGCAUGCAUGGCCGGAGCAGACUUUGUCAAGACCAGUACCGGGUACAAGGGACCGGCGACCGUCAGCAGUGUCACCAUCAUGCGAUUGGUGGUUGAAUUGUUUGGCACAAACUGCAAAGUCAAGGCAAGUGGGGGAAUCCGAAAUGCGAGCGAUUGCCUGAAGAUGAUCAAGGCUGGGGCUACACGGAUCGGAACCAGCUCGGGAAUCAAGAUCGUGCAGGAGCUAGAUGAAGGGGAGAUUCUGGAGCAAGGGGCGGGCCAUGCAGUAUAUUGA